AUGACAGUAUUAACACCAGAGAGACUUGUAAGACUUGCUUACAAAUAUCCAUCGUUACAUAACUCAUGGUAUAUAAUUGCCUGUGCUUGCUUAACUGUUGUCAAUAAACCGCAGGAGAUCCCCAAGGUAUUCCACUUUGCUUUAAGACAACAGUUAUUGGAAUUUUCUUCAUCUUCGGACAACUUAUUACUUACUGACAAGUACUUGUUAACUCUUGCACAGGAUUCUAUAUCCUCUUCGGAAAAAUUUAAAGACUUAUCAGCUGUGGGGGUCAAUCUUCCAGAUGUUUUCAUACCAUAUAACUACCAUGAUAAGUUACCACUUAACUACAAGUUCUCGAGAAGAGAAGACAUAUUUGCUAAGCAAACUAUGGUGGCUGCCAAGAUUAGAGAGGUAAUAUUAAAGUGUGCCGCGUUAUCUGGAUUACCAAAGUCCAUCAAUGCGUUAAUGAUCUUGAAGAGUGUCACGCCAACAAGUAUGCGACCAUCAAGUGUUUCUGAAAGACCACGUUCUGUGUAUCCAGGACAUGUUCCUUCUUCAGAUAUUGUUCAGGAAGAUGUAGCUGGAACCAAUUUUGAAAAUGACGAAGCUAACAAGGAACUUGCGUCUGAAACAAUUGAUGGGCCAAUAUCGAGUCUGUCCAUUAACACCAAGCAAAUACAAAAAGACUUGGAGCGUGGGUCGGCUUUCUGGAAUUCGGUGUAUACUAACAAGGUUAAUAACCGUAUUAGGAGACAAAUGAUUAACGCAUACCCUGAUUUGUGGAACUACACAUUCUAUAAUGUCUAUUCUCCGUUAUUGAGCUUUACUGAUAUUUUAACGGCAAAAGAGACAUCGAUGUGCGUUGUGGCCAGUUUGAUUCCACAAGAUGUCAAUCCACAGUUGAAGGGUCAUUUAAAAGGGGCACUCAACACUGGUAAUACCAAAGAAGAAAUGAACGAUUUAAGAUUAUUAGUUUUCGACAUCUGUGAUUGGACUGGUGGUAUUACUUGGACGGGUGGAAAAAGCGCUGUCGCCAAGUUAUAA